AUGGGAGGUGCUAUCUACAAGGAUGCUCCAGCCAUUAAAUAUGAGGAACGUAACAUUUACCUAAACUCUAUUCAAACUCUUGGCAGGUAUUUAACACCAUCCCGCCUUAACUACUCUUGCCUCUUCUACCCUCCCCCGCCAUCACACACACAGUAGCUUGCCGGAUAGGCGUUAUUGCGUUAUUUGUUAGCGAUUUUCAGGAGAGCUAAUGCAAGAGCGAGGGGAGCGUGGAGCGAGAGGCAGGCACGCCAGAUUAUUUUGAAAAUCAUGAACGCCUGUUUACCCACCUGCGCAGAAGUUCUUUUUGUGUCGUCACACAAUCCUCCGUCACACGUAGGUAGACUAUAAGUGGUCGCUCAUUUUCCUCAGGAAUAGAAAUGCGAGCGUAAUACGAGUGCGCUCGUGAAAAUUGUCACCCGGGAGGAAGGUGAUAUGGGGAGGGAGGAAAGCAUUUUCUCUCCUUCCCGCGCUCGCGUAUAUUUCGCUUGCUCAAAUAACACUAUUCAUAAUCUAUACUGCGUAUGAAGCGCCAAGAGAUGAGGCUGCUUAAGGCCCUGAAACUGAAUCUGAAUCUGCUUCUGGCGCACCUAAAAGCCGAAUAAAGGAAAACGAACUGUUCGUCAAAGGCUCUUUUGCAGGAUGAAACAAAAAGCUUGCAAUGACGUGCUGAAAAAACCUUCCAGCCGAAGUGUUGCAUAGUGUAACAAUAUAUCAAAUUUGACCGGAAAUAACACCAAAUUCGGCAAGGAAGCCGGCACUACCAACUCUGAGGUAUGGCCAGUACUUUACGCAUGAAAACAGCCAUAUAACCCAGGCAGUGCAUGGUUGCACAGACUCUCGUCCCCAGCGCCCGUCGUUGGGUGGCUUUUGGAAAAAGAAUGGGCUGCACAUGGCUGCUUCUGUCUGGUUGAUAUUGCUGUGCGCAUGUGUAAAAUACAGCUGGUAGCGUGUGGUUGUUUACCAUUAACAAUGGCAAACCGGUCAGAUCACGGUUUGGACAAACAGUGAGAAAAACCAGGUCUGGUAAGUUUCAUAACGGAAUUAUAUUAACGAAACGCUUUUCUUCCCAGGCUUCCACCAACGCGACCAGUCACCCUUCAUCAAAAGGCGCUGUUCAUCCUUUGGUUAUCGGUGAUUCUUAUUUGGUCUUGUCUGAAGUGCAAACGUUACAUUUCCAUGUGGCGUGAUAAAUACGGUACCAAAAAACAAGGGGACGAAGUAGAAACAGCAACGAAAGGUGAAGGUAGAGGCGUACAGGGACCAAUUGCAAACAUUUAAGACUUUUAUGAGACUUCUCUGAGCGGACACCGGGUGUGGAUAACGUGUAUUAAUUGAUUUGAUUUGGGCAAGAAGUAUUUUUCCACGGUUACUUCUGUGGUCAAAUGUUUUUACCUUUGUUUAUCCAUUUAUUUUUGAAAAUAUUUUCUCUAUUCAUCUCUGUUUGCAGGAUAUUUCUGAAAUCAACCAACCCCGCCCUGGGAAAAAAUUGUAUUUUAUAAUUUAAAACCUUACUGUUUCGCAUAGUACAAAACCACGAGCGGUCGACCCUUUUUCCUCAGCCGGGCCAAGCGCGGUGAUCGAAAAAGUAAAAUUAUGUACGAAGGAGAGAUCGAGGCGGAAAGAGAGAGAUAGAGAGCUGGAGUUCCUUACGCGUGCUCUCGAUCUACUCCGACUCAAAGAAAAUCUCUUACUUGCAUUAGUAGGUAACGGCAUGGGUAGAGUUCGGAACUUUCUUUAGAAGAGAAAAAUUUGUGCAACUGUCAUUUCCGUUAAAAUCAACCUCGUUCCCAGGGUUCUCUUUUUCUGGUCUCUACGGAGCAAGAGAGGAACAGGUAGGAGAGAAGCCUGGGAACGAGGUUGGGUUAAAAUGUAUAUCCAAACGCACAUAAUACAUCACAAUACAUCCCGGAUCAGAGAAGCACUGGCCAAUAAGGCUACAGAGAUCGAUCACGUGUGAGGUCUUUUAUUUGGCAGUCGUACACGGUGUUGGAGCUCGUGACACCUAUGCUCUAACUAUGCUUGGUUUGCAAGCACGUGACAAGGCGGUCAUGAAAGAAGCGGACGAAGUAGAAAAAGCAACGAAAGGUGAAGGUAGAGGCGUACAGGGGCCAAUUGCAAACAUUUAAGACUUUUAUGAGACUUCUCUGAGCGGAGACCGGGUGUGGAUAACGUGUAUAUUAAUUCAUUUGAUCUGGGCGAGAAGUAUUUUUCCAAGGUUACUUCUGUGGUCAAAUGUUUUUACCUUUGUUUAUCCAUUUAUUUUUGAAAAUAUUUUCUCUAUUCAUGUUUGUUUGCAGGAUAUUUGUGAAAUCAACCAACCUGGGAAAAAAAUUGUAUUUUAUAAUUUAAAACCUUAUUGUUUCGCAUAGUACAAAACCACGAGCGGUCGACCCUUUUUCCUCAGCCGGGCCAAGCGCGGUGAUUGAAAAAGUAAAAUAAUGUAAGAAGGAGAGAUCGAGGCGGAAAGAGAGAGAGAGAGAGAGCUGGAGUUCCUUACGCGUGCUCUCGAUCUACUGCGACUCAAAGAAAAUCGCUUACUUGCAUUAGUAGGUAACGGCAUGGGUAGGGUUCGGAACUUUCUUUAGAAGAGAAAAAUUUGUGCAACUGUCAUUUCCGUUAAAAUCAACCUCGUUCCCAGGGUUCUCUUUCUCUGGUCCCUACGGAGCAAGAGAGGAAGGGGUAGGAGAGAAGCCUGGGAACGAGGUUGGGUUAAAAUGUAUAUCCUGGAUCAGAGAAGCACUGGCCAAUAAGGCUACAGAGAUCGAUCACGUGUGAGCUCUUUUAUUUGGCAGUCCUACACAGUGUAGGAGCUCGUGACACCUAUGCUCUAACUAUUCUUGGUUUGCAAGCACGUGACAAGGCGGUCAUGUUGAUGUUCAAUACAAUAAAUACUUUAAUAAACGCUUUACAUGAAAGUGGAGUUAAGAUCCUGGAGGAGAGGAAUGCCUUUAUCCUUGAUCUCCAACAUGGUGGCCAUGACGUACGUCACGUGCAAACCAGCGAAGAAAGGUGCUUUCUUUACUCCAUUCCUUAUCAUUAAAAAUAAAAUAUUUUGUCUUUUGUUUCUUUAGAAAAGGACAAUGUGUUAAUAUCUUUAUAUCCAGUUACCAAGCAUGAACGUAAGUAAAACGGCUUUUUUCAUAUACUAACAACCUGUUCAAAUUGGAUGAAUGACACUCACAGAUGUGUAUGCUAUUCUAAAUUAACCGUUCUGUCCUACUUCUCUCUGCACAGAAAAGUUUACCUUAACAAAUUUACAUUAAUUAUAAUACAUUAAUUUGUAAUUUUUUUUUUUGCUUUGCUGCCUCAGUAUUUUUUCGAAUACUUGUGUUUGCCUCUCAGUUUUUCCUUCAUUUCUUGGCUGAUUUUCCCAACUUUUUUCGUAGGGUUUCUCUCGUUUUUGUUUCACAUAGUGCACUGAAAAAGACUCAGCAGAAACUUUUUCCUUCCCUAUUUCCAUAGAGUAUAUAAACUCAGCUGUUGUUGCUUACUUUUUUUUAUUUUAGCCUCGGUAUCACGUUUUGGCCGAGGGGACGCGACGGAAGAGAGCACUGGCACGAGAAGUAUAUUUGAAAAACUUCUAGAAACUGAUCCUGAUCAGCCAUCAUUUGAAGAGUUUUUAACCAAAGCUGUCAUCUUCGGAGCCAUCAUGCUUUACUUUUGGCUGUGUGAUUAUCAGCAUGUAUGGUAAGAAUCUCAAAUUACAGGAUAUAAGAAUUAAUUAAGAGACAUUUCAUCAUGACAUGUGCUAAAAUCCGAAACACGACAGUGGCAGAUCUAGGGGAAGGGCCCGGGGGGGCUCCUCCCCCUUAUUUUUAGACCAAACUGAGCCCCGAAGGGCCGAAAAAAUNCCAUCUCAGGGUCUGGAUGAACGCCAGUCAAUAACAUGUAUUUUUUUGACAGUUAGUGUGAUGCCUAACCGGCUUUACUAACUCAAUAAAGGAAAAGUUACAUUUUCAUACCGCUCAAGGAAACGGGUCCAAUCACCAAACCCAACCUAAAAUUUACAAACUUUUAUUCUAGGCCGAAGACAAACAAACAGUACUCAAGAGACAUAUUUGUGUUCCUCUUCGCUUUGUUGGUGAUCGUAGCUGCAGUUUACACAACUCGCAAGACACCCGAAAAACUUGUCAACAGAGAUCAGACAGAAGAAUGGAAAGGAUGGAUGCAGGUACAGUUGCGGAAAUGAAUCUCUCAUUGGGGCCAGAAACGAAAACUUUUUCAAACGGCAGCGUUGCAUCGGAAUUCCUGGGUGAGCCUGCCGCUAUCGACAGAGACUCAGCGUAUAUUCGUACCCAGUUGUGUGUCUAUCUGUCUGGCACACGUUAGCGAGCGUAACUUCAAUCGCUACCGUUGACUUUUGGCGCCAACAUCGAGGAUCAGACUGGGCCGAACGUCAGCCCUUCCUUUAAGGCCUUCCUUUACAUUUUUCAGAAUAUAAUUUUGUGUUAUUAUAAUUGGAACCAGAAUUAGAGGCUCGAAAAUAUUUUAUAAGCGCAAGUUGCACCGUCCUAGGCAAGAAAACUUUGCUUCCUGAAAUUUGACUUAACAGCAACCCUGGGGUUAAAAUUAACCGUUCUUUCAAGGAACCGCGCACCGACUCCGCGCUCUUAGUUUUGGUUUAGCCCCUGUUUUGCUUCCCUUUACUCCUCCCUUGCAGUUACGUCCUUUGUUUUUCCUGCAGUGAGAAACUUUCUUGUUCUCUGUUUUUAGCUAGGAUUUGCAGAUAGGAAUCGCAACCAGCUACAAUUUGUAACAUGCGAGCCGACUGAAGAACAUUAGUUGAUAUCUUGCCAAAACUAAAAAAGGUUUAUAUAUAAGACCCACAAAUGAGACCAGAUGCAUUCAUUAAAAUUCGCUUUUCAUUAACUCUAUUUUUGUUUUUUUAUUUUGGAUUGUUUGAUUUGUUUUCAGGUUCAGUUUGUUUGGUAUCACUAUUUCGAUGCCCACGAGGUGUUUAAUUCCAUCAGAUGCUAUAUCGCUGCUUAUGUUUGGAUGACAGGAUUUGGUAAGAAAACUGAGAUAUUUCCUUAACCUUAAAAAAUAAUUUGACAAACAAUUACAAACUUGUGUAUUUUCUUUGGCCUAAUAAAGGACCGUAAAGAUUAGUCUUUUGGAUAUGGAAACGAUACAACACCCGGUAUCCGUUAUAUAGUCAACUCUCUAUACACUUUGUAGAUCGGCACUAACUGUACGUCUUAAAGAGAUGUCCAUCUUAUAGAGGGUCAAAUAAAGGGGGUAAAGAAAGGCAAGGACCCCCAGGGGGGUACUCUCUAUGAUGACCUAUACGGGGAGGCUCCGCUCGAAAGGAGUAUCUUUUUCAGGCUUCAGGUAUAUGAAAGGGUAGAGAUUUCACUGGUUAAAGUAUAUACAGGGGUAGGGAAAUCUGUCAUUUGGGUCUGUGAAAGAGCUCAAUUGCAAAAGGGCUAACAGAUGAAUUUUAUGGGUCUAUAAAGUGGGGAAAACUUUUUUUUGUGAUUGAUUGCUAUUAAAAAGACAGUGCAUUUACAGCAGUUAAAAGGGAUGCAAAGUUCUAAACUAGGUAUGUGAAAGGGGUACCAUUUGUCAGUAGAAGGUAUACAAAUGGGGUACCUUUUCUUGAAAAAUGGUAUAUAAAAGGGUAAGGGGUUGGCCCUCGGGGCGGAACCUCCUCGUGUAAACAUUUGUGAGUACCCCUCCUGGGGCAAGGACCAACUCGUAGGUGUCCGCCUUACAGACGUUACCAAAGAGAUUUUUUUAUUUCCUUGCUAGGCAACUUUUCCUACUUUUGGAUAAAGAAAGACUACUCACUUUUCCGCCUACUACGAAUGAUGUUCCGUCUUAACUUCCUUGUUGUCAUGGUGAUGGCAGUCACUAGAAACGAGUUUGUCCGGUAUUACGUGUGUGCUAUGCACACCUAUUGGUUUAUCACAGUUUACGUCAUGUUGGCAGUGUUCAAGUCACGCAACGAGGUAAAUAAUUUUCUGGCAUGAUUACAGUGUACCGGUAACAUCCACUAAAAAUGUUGACCCUUUCAAGUCCAAAAAGACGCUACAAGUAGGUGGAAUAAUAAUUUCUUGCAAUAUCUCUCUCGUUUUUAGAUUUAUUGUUCUAGUCACAUAAUUUCUCCUCAAAAUCAUGAAAGUACACAUGUCGUAUCUAUUCGAUCAAGCGCCCUGGGCGCCUUGAAACGUUUGGACCUUGAGAAAAGGGCGCCAACCUCGUCCCCAGGGCUUUUCCGUUAAAAAAUGGAAAGGGAAAGCCCUGGGGACGAGGUUGAAUGGGCACUUAUUAAAUUUUCGGCAAAAGUAAUUUUAUUUUGCAACAAAACGUGAAGAUGUUUCAAAGCAGAAUUAUAACUAUUCAUUGAAAGUUUCUGUAAAAUACUAAGAAAACUACUUGGUCUUCAGAAAGUCUCUUAGUGGAACUUAGUCUAUUUCAAUCUCAUUGGCGACAGUUUGGUGGGGGCCCUUUAGUAGAGGGUGGGCGCUUAUUCGAGGCUGGGCGCUAAAUCGAAUAAAUACGGUACAUACACGCACGUACACAUUUCAAGACAUCUAGAGCACGAGUGGAUCGUAAUUCUUUUCUCAAGACAGAAGCAUGGGGUUAUAUGCUUCUACUCAAGGUUACAGCAUAGAUCAAGCAAAAUUCUAGAGCAAGCGUCCCUUAGUAUAUCUCCUCACCUCGCGGGUGGCAGUUUCCCGCGGGACUCUACUCGUAGUUUACUAGUCAAGAAUAGCAUUCUAACUUUGAAUUUCUAAAGCUGUUAUAAUAAUUUUAAAUUCUGCCCCUUAGAGUUCGGAAUAAUGCGUCAAAAUUUGCCUUGUAAUCAUUUACGUUGAACAGGUCCUACAACACCUUUUAUCAUAGUUUAAGGUAUUGUCAAAAACUAAUCCUGAAUUAAAUAACUAACCCAAACUGAUUGUACGUCUUAAGGGCGAGGAAGAUGUUAUCUCUGUAUAUUAUAAAUGUGUGAGAAUAUGAAAGCGAGAGAUAAAGCUUCAACUAAAUCAUGUUACUUUUAACCUACUGUUGUUUUCAGAAUCGCUAUUUCAUGGCUGCUAAAUUUGCCGUCUAUCUGGUGGUCAACGCCUUAAUAUUCGACAUUCCUGGAGCUCCCUAUGUGGUAUUCUGGCCAUUCCAGUUCAUAUUGAACGUUAGAGGCAACUUACGAUACUGGGUCUACAGAUCAACGUAAGAAGCUAGUGUUACUAUUUACUUUUGAUUUUCCCUUUCAGAUUUUGUCUCCCCUUGAUUUCACCUUCCACUGAGCUUUAACUGGUUUAGAGAAACGUACUGUAAAUUCUGCACUUUGACCUAAGCCAGUUACUUCGCUUAUUUGCCUUUUUAUGAUUUGAGUUGUAUAGCAGGGACCACAUGAACCCUUGUUUGAAGGUUGAUAUGUUUUUGGUGAAAAGGAAGACGGACGUCGCGUCGAUGAUGUCACAUAGAUAUAUAAACAAGUAAUAACCAAGGGUUACAAAGUGAUGACGACAACGAUCGAAGGUCAAAACGCUUCUGCUCCAGCUUUUUGUGCUUUAUGUGAGUUUCACGUAACAUAUGGUCAAAACACGCAUGACCAGAUUACGAGUGAUACAAGGUCCAAACGCGCGUGAUCAAAGUGCAUUCCAUACAUUCUUAGUGGAAGUCCAAACGAAUGCUGGCUACAUACAUGUGACGCAUGCGUAAUAAAGAACUUAGAGAUUAGGGUCGCGGGCUCCUUUUGUCGCCCGCAAUAACAUGCACAAGGAAGCUCAUUAGUGUGCACAGAAUCGAAAAGAGGAUGCUAAAAUCACUUCUCUUGUAUUUCUUAGGCUUGAUCAUUGGGCCACUUGGGUGGGAAUGUUAUGUGCGUACAACUACCCGUACAUUGAUCGGUUUCUUCAUUUCUUGGACAAGAAACAUGAAAACAGACGAACGGCGCAGGUAGCCAUUCUGCUGAAAAUCUGGAUCACAGUCGCACUGUUUGGCGUCUUGGUGAUGUGGUUCCACUUUGUUUUAAUGCAAGAGCGAGAGUACUACAAAAUAAUACAUCCUUAUACAUCGUGGAUCGCUAUUCUUAUUUAUCUGUGGUUCAGAAAUCUUCAUCCUUCCUUUCGAUCCCACUAUCUUGGUUUGUUCAGCUGGCUGGGGAAAAUCACUCUCGAGACCUACUUAUCACAGAUUCAUAUCUACAUGAUUGGGAAUGCACAAAAAAUACUUAUUUACUUACCGAGAUAUCCCAUGCUGAACUUCAUGUUAGCCACCGUGAUUUAUGUGGCGGUUUCGUACGUUCUUUUUCAUCAAACUUUAUUUUUUAACACUUACAUUUUUCCUAAGAAUAUGGCCAUUAUUUGCAAAAAUCUUAUAGUGGGUACAGUAUGGUUAGGACUUUGUUAUUUACUUUCUUUUAUUUUCAAUAUCGUAGGGAUCUGGUAA